GACAUCGUACGGGCAGGAACGUUUCACCGCGCGUUUCUUCCCUUUUCCUCGGCGAUUUUCCCGUCGCGCUUCCGUGUCAUCGUAAUUCGUACGUACAAACACACGCGUCCGUUCGUUCUCCCUCGCUUGCCGAGCGAGUCACGUCUCGCUCGAGAGCCGAGAUAAAAGAUCCGAAUAUUCCCGACGCGCGCACGUGACGCGAUUUGCAAGCCAUCACGAGAAGCUGACGCACGGAAGCGAACGCCGAGCGCGAAAACGUCGCCUUGACAUUGACUACGCGUUGGAAGAACCGUGAAGCCCGAAGACAAGGACGAGGGAAGAGGCGAAGGAGGAGUAGUAAUAAGGAUAGAGAAGGGAACCGGCCGCGUGUGGACGUCUCGCUUCCGCAUUAGUAACACGUAACCUUCUCGACGGGAGUGGUUGCGAGAGUCCGGCGAGGGUGAUGCUCUUGGCGGGCGGAAGUGAGGAGCCCCGGGCGGCCUUCGCUCCGAUCGCGCCCGUCAAGGGAGCGGGAGGUCUUCUUCGGUCGCAGCGGCGCCGCGAGCGGAGCGGACGAUCGCGCGCGGUGCGGCCGCAACUGCAACCGAGGAAGCGGCGGCCAGCGCAGGGGAGCAACGGCGCCUUGCGGUGCACGGCGCUCCUCUAACCGGCAGGCUUAGGAGGGAGUUAUGGUGUCUCGCGCAUGCAAUGACUGUGGCCGCCGCAGCCGUGGCACUGUGGCAUCGUGCCCACAUCUACAAGGCGCUCGCGUGCGUCGUCCUCGCCCUGAUCGGCGUGCAGUACCUGCUUAGCGGCGGGGUGCUCGACCGUCGCUCCAUCGAGACCAUCUUCACAAUCAACGCGACCAGAUACGCAGACCGCUCGUACAGAACCCACCCGCGCGGUCUGAUCAUCUACGGGCCAGCGACCGUGCCGAGCUUGCUCGGCGCUGGCAAUGCGUCCUCCACGACGACGAUACCCUCGAUAUCGGCGAAAGGAGUCUCCAACUCGUCCAGAAGCGAGCCCGCGCCUACCCGUAAUCUGGCCAACGGCGGAAUCGCGCGAGAGCUCCCGGUGGCGAACAGCAACGCGACCAACAACGCGACGACGCUGCCACGGUGUCCUCUCAUCCCGCCAAACCUGGUCGGGCCGGUGGUCGUCAGUAAAUUACUACCGCCUUCCUUGUCCGAGAUGGAGAAGACGUUCGCGGAGGUGAAAGCAGGCGGCACCGGCCGGCCGGCGGACUGCGUCGCCCGGCAUCGCGUCGCCAUAAUCAUUCCGUUCCGCGACCGUCUGCAGCAUCUGCAGGCUCUCCUUUACAACCUGCACCCCAUUCUGCUGCGCCAGCAGAUCGACUAUCAGAUCUUCGUGAUCGAACAGGAAGGCUCCGGACCCUUCAAUCGGGCGAUGCUCAUGAAUGUCGGCUACGUGGAGGCAUUGAAGGAGAGAAUCUUCGACUGUUUCAUCUUUCACGAUGUUGACCUACUUCCGGAGGACGAUAGAAAUCUGUACACCUGUCCCGAGCAGCCCAGGCACAUGUCGGUCGCAGUGGACAAAUUCAAGUACAGGUUACCCUACGCCGAUCUCUUCGGCGGCGUGUCCGCGAUGUCGCGUGAACACUUCCAGCUGGUGAACGGUUUCAGUAACGUUUUCUGGGGCUGGGGUGGCGAAGACGACGAUAUGGCGAAUCGCAUCAAAGCCCACGGCCUGCACAUCUCGCGUUAUCCGGCGAACGUCGCGCGUUAUAAGAUGCUCUUGCACAAGAAGGAAAAGGCGAAUCCCAAAAGGUACGAGUUCCUGAAGACAGGCAAGAAGAGGUUCUCCACCGACGGAUUGGCCAAUCUACAAUAUGAGCUGAUCGACAAGCGGAAGCCGAAGCUGUACACGUGGCUGCUGGUGAGGCUGACGCCGCCGCAGCCCAGCUGAUGGCUACCUUGGCUGGGCUAAAGGCUCCUGCGCCAAAUUCAUGUCUGGCAGAGGAGCUCGCGAUCGUUCGUGCUCGUCAGAGAGAGAGAGAGAGAGAGAGAGAGAGAGAGCAGUUUCAAACUUGCUGCUCGUUAGAGUCGGAACGAGAUCUAUGAGCAUCGGUCGAACAUCGAAAAUCGCGCAAAACUGUUCGCGGGGGAGAGCGACGAGCUCUAUGUUCUGCGAGAACGCUUCGAGGACCGCGGGAAGGGGGGGGGAGGGUUUCUGCUGCUGUUUCAACGACGUCGGAGACGCGACGAGCUUCCGAACGCGGCAGUGCAAUGGCGAUCCCUAACAUUUCGAUCCUCAACUUACGCCAUCAAGAUACCACUAUCAUCUGAUGGACAAUUCUACGACGCAAAAUCUAACGACCUGCUGCGGGCAGAAGACUCGAACGAGAAUAAGACCCCGGAGAUACACGAAGACAAGCCUCGCAGGGUUUCGUGAACAGUGAAACUCCAGCCGGCAAAUUAAGCAUCGCCGAACAUCAACGCGACUUUUCACCACAUCCGUGAUGCGAAAAAAAAAGAACCACCGAAUCCACGCCAAUCUCUCGCAAACGUGUCGUCGGGAGCCGAUUGCUUUCUCGAUAUUCCUUUUUUCCGAUCGACAACGGACAAGAAGUCAAUAAAGCCGAUAGGUUAGAAGCAGCUUAGCUUAAGUAUAUCGUUUGCGUGUGCUGCGUCGUUAGUCGAGAGAAGGCCGAGAAUAAAAGAUCCCCGGAGGUUAAACGCAGAGAGAGAGAGGGAGAGAGAGAGGGGGGAGAGGGAGACGUAUGCAAAGAGUAGCAUCUACGUGAAGUCGGUGCGCGUCAGUGUAGAGUUUUAGGGAGAGGAGAGACGAUGCGCCGUGGGGAGAGAGAGAGAGAGAGAGAAAGAGAGGAGUCUCUCUCUAUCUUGAUAUCUCGUCGCUGCGUGAGAGUCUCGCGCGCGUUAUCCCUUACCGCGGAGAAACGAUGGUUAGGGGACGUUGUUACGUGAUAUAUUUUUAUUCCUCAUAUUUUUUUAUCGCAACGAUAGGAUAGAGAGCGAGUAGAGAGUAGCAUACGAGCUGACGUGCCAAAGGAGAGAAGGGGAGAGAGAGAGAGAGAGAGAGCGAGCGAGCGAGUGAGUGCGUGCGUGCAUGCGUGCGUAUGUUAUGUGUAUGUGUAUGUAUGCGACAGAAGUGUGCGAUGGAGAGAGAGGAAGAGCGAAGGAAGCCAGGAAGGCAAAGAAGCUACUAACUAACAUCCUUUCCCCGAGCCGAGUCACGAUAUCAUCACAUUCGCAACCUGUCGCCGCUCGAUCGACUGUGAGAGAAGGGAGACUUCGGGGAGCUUCCGCUUUCGUGGCUUUACGUGUCCUGUUCGCCAGCAAGCGCGAUCACCGUGAACGGUAGAAUCUCGUUAGCCGAAGAAAGGAAAGACAAAGAAAGAGAUAAAAAGGACGACAGAAAGAGAGAGAGAGAGAGAGGACAACCGGGCUACGAAGAGUCGAGAGAUCAUACAACGGUAUCCUGUUAAUAACGAUGAGUCAGCUGGGAUAAUCCGUCGCCAUGUUAAAUUCCAGCCGUGACUCGUUUCCGUUUCGUGCGACGGGGAGAACGUACGGAGGAAGAAGAUAAAAGAGAAGAGGCAUUAUAUCGAGAUGGUUAAUGGUGUGACUCGCUCGUCCGAAAUCAGCGGAUCAGCCGUUCUUCCGAUUUCCAGUCUCUUCCAGCUGGCGAAUCUGCCGCGAGGAUUUGUCGCGCGAUCCCGAAGACAGACGGCGGCUCGUUCCCGGUGACGUUCGACCGAGGGCUGAGCUCGGGAGUGCGCGGGGGAGGAGGAUAACGUUCAUCCGGACGUGCGCGGCGGUGAAAUCUCUCUCGCAGGCUAAUCGUGCGCGAGAUAACGCUUCGAGGGCUUCGAAUCGGCCUUCCUUCGGGGCUCGUGAAUCUUGUACCACACUCGUACGAUUCGAUCGAACUCCCGAGGCGGCCCGGUCGGGGCUUAUUUUUUGUACAGCCGGCAGUGUGAAUGAUCGAGCAGAGCUCAUCCGUGGGCUUCGUCGCGAUGAAUUGUGAUUUCUGGACCGGUAUUAACGCACGAUCACGGCCGUGAAACGCAGGGAUGACGACGGUAAUGACGAUAAUGAUGGUAAUGAUAAUAAUGAUGGUACUUAAUCGCGUUUGACCGAGCGUGCGUCAUGCUGCGUAUACCUGCUUGUGCGUAUCUCGCUGUGCACGGUCGAACACGAGGAUCCCACGUUCAACGUGUCAGAUCAGAAAAUUGUAAACUGCUAAAUACGGCUUCUUCGAAGAGCAAACUCAAGCGUGAAAAUGAAUGGCGAAAGAUUGACGUCAGAAACGUCAGAGUGAAAUAAGGAAGCGUCGACAUCACUUUCAACCGAUUUGUACAAUUGCUGCCGAUUAAGCUCGCCUCUUGAUUUAAUCAUCGAUGUCCGGCUGUUGUUAAGUAAUUCGUUGACUGCCGUGAAGAUCGUCAGUGAACCGGUACUGUGAUUUCGCCGCGUCUCAUUAAUUGACACGUGAAACGUGACUAAUUGUAACCUGACAAAUUAAAUCCCGCGAUCGAUCGAAAGCCGAGAAAACUAAUUGACGAAUAUACGCGUGAGGAUGUGUAUUCAUUAUGUAUGCGGCCAUACGGUGACAUUUCAAUUAAACUUUGGGGCAUUCCACAGAGAUUACCGUGGCAGUCAACGUGUUGUAUGGUGUAAAUAAUAAUACGAAGCAUUUAUUCUUAGUAUAUCGAUUGAUAUGAGUUUCCCAGAUACAACUACAGGCAUUUGCGGAAUUGACUAGGCCGAGGUAAGAACUUAUCCCGACGAGACACAACUUGUUUCGGUCAGUUCUAUAAAUGCUCGUAAAUAUAUCUGGAAAACUCUGAUCAAUCAACAUGCCAAGGAAUUAAGUGCUUCAUAUUAUUCACUGAACUUGCUAUAGCGUAUAAUUACGUCGUUGAUAACUGCGUAUUGAACGUAAAUCUUAUUCAUAUACAAUACAAAAGACGUUAGAAGUCAAAUUUGAUGGUCGCUCAAAUUUAUUGAAUUUUUCAUGCAAAAUUGAGGAACGUUUCGAUCUUCCUUACUUGGGUUCUCUUCAGCCGUAAUACAAAAAAUCAUACCAUUAAGCUACCUAAGCUAGCUUUUCAACGCUUUCAGUGAUCUCCGACAUAGGUACUGCUUAUAUUCUAAUGGAAGUAUAAAUUAAUACUAAAUUUUAAGUAUUUGUCGUAUAAACACUGAAACACGGAAAUGCUAAAACAUCGAAGCACAGUACAAAUUUUCAAUAUGAAUAAUUAAUAGUGAAGCACUUAAUUCCUUAGCAUAUUCAUUGAUACGAGUUUUGCAGAUACGCUUCCUAGUAUCUACGGAAUUGACUAGGCCGAGAUACGAAAUUUAUCCCGGCGGGAUACGAACCUAUCUCGAUCUAGUUAAUUCCGUAAAUGCUUGUAAGCGUGUCUGCAAAACUCAUAUCAAUUAAUAAGUACUUCAUUAUUAAUUAUUUGCAUUGCAAAUUUGUACUGUGUUCCGAUGUUUGGCAUUUCCAUGUUUCAAUGUUUAUACGAUAAGUAUUCUAAAUUUAGUAAUAAUUUACGCUUCCAUUAGAAUAUAAGCCGUAUCUAUGUCGGAGAACAUUGAACGCGUUGCAAGACUAGUUAGAUAGCUUAGUGGUAUAAAUUUUUUGCGUUAUGACUGAAUUAAGGUCGAAAAGUUCUGCAAUUUUGUAUUAAACAUUCCAUAAAUUAAGCGAUCGUAACCCGGAAAUUUGGUUUCUAACGUCUUUUCAUAUCGUGCGUGACAGUAAUUUGAGCAGCCUUCUGUCGUACAAUCGAUGGAUCUUAUUCGCCACUCUUUUCCACGUAUUCGUGUCAAAUUUGGACCGUCAUGCUCGGUCGUCAGAUCCGCGACGAUGCCGAGAAUACCGAAGAUAAUACGCGGGAUCAACGAAGGUGGUGCCGAAAAAGCAGCGGGAUGCGCGCGAACGACGAGAUUUAUACGCACGGGGCCGCGGCAGCGCGGACUUAGAACGCAUUAACAUAUCACUUGUCUUGUCAGUAGGACGUAGUGCGGGGACGUUAUCGCGUUGUCGUGGACGAAUAUACUUAAGCGUUACAGACGCCGAGAGCAUGGGCUGUGAAUAUCGCAUCCUUUCUUGCGGCCGAAGGAAUCACGAGGCCGGGCGGGAGGAGAGAAGAGAAGGGGGCGGUAGAGAUUUCAAGAGACGCGGUCGGGCUCGCGAAUUCGCGGUGACGAGCUGCACCGAUUAACACAGCAGCAUCCUCUUCAUCUCUCGCAUCGCGCGCGACGGCCAUAGCCGAUCGAUACUCAUCCCCGCCAUUCGAGGAUGAAGCUUCUUGAAUCCGCCCGGCGGCGACGCCUAUUCGAGACUUCCACGCUUUAUCGUAAUUUGCGUCGUCGUCUUCUCCGGAAAUUCUUCUGCCCGAGCGCCGCGUCGAUUCUUCUCUCGCGACUACGAGCCUCGGUUUUUUGAGAGAGAGAGAGAGAGAGAACGCUUGAGGAAUUAAUUUUUUCUUGCGUAUGUUUUUUCUGUUUCCGGAGAAAGCGAGAUAAAUCGACUCGAGCCCGCUUUCGUACGCGAGUGAGGGAAUGUGUGAGCGUAAAAUGAUAAAAGCUUCGAAGUCGUUUGAAGGUAAGACUCGGCUGAUGUUCGUGUUGUAUAAAGGUGGCACGUGCGUGAGAAAACUCGGACGGGGAAGCUCGAAGGUGUAGGAUAUGUAAGAAAGAGAGAGAGAGAGAGGUAGAAGGUGUGUUGGCGCGUUCCUUUUAUCGCCGUUCCUGUGAUUAAACAUUCCGACGUCGUUAUCUGAUCCGGAAGUAAUCAGUUCGUACGUUCCGUUGUUAUUCUCGCAUGAUUCGGCUUGUCCUCCUCAGACCGUUUUCUUCUGUCAGGCGGAACCGAUAUUCGAUCGCGAUUAAAUCAAACGUAAUUGUUUCCGGCAAACGCGCGAGAAUUAAAUCGGCAAUCGCGAAAGGGCACUUUCCUUGAAGCAGGUCCGGCGAAAUUUGCUAAAGAGUUGACUGAUUUCACUGUAGUUGUAUAAAUAAUCGUUGUAUAAUAAUCGCGCGAAUUAGCGUCCGGGGAGGAUAAUUCCGGACAAAUUCGCGGUACUUGUAACCCUCGAUGCAGCCUCGUUGAGGGAUUUUUUGAGAGUAUAUGCUGACGAUUAUUUUUUAUUUUGUUUCCUUUUUUCCAUUGUUACGCGCGUCGCUGCGAAUUUUAAUUGAAUAUAGUGAACGAGGCGGAAGACGGGUGAGCGAACGUACGAAGAGGAGACAGUUCGAAUGAUAUUUCAGUAUAGCUUAAGAGAGAGGACGUUGUACCAUACUACUACCGUUAUCGAAUAAUCGGAAAUAGCCAAGGUAAUUUAUAAGGAUAAGCGAUCGAGAAAAUAUUGGCGUGCUCCGCGAAAGUAGUGUAAGAAGUCACAACAUUCCGACGGUUUUACGGAGACGUUAAGUAAUAACGGGGACGGGACUUUCUUUAAACGGAAUUUCUUCUUCUUUUCACACAACUGGUAGGGAAAACGUUUCGAUCGGAUCGAAGCUGGCCGACGUCGCGCGUAAUUAAGGAAACGUCUUUCCUUUCCCGAGCUUGAACGGGACGGUUAUCGAAUUAAUCGCCUCAUUCGAAAUAGCACGAAUUUGCGAACGCGGUCAAGACGGCAAUUUAUCACAUAUUCCUAACUCAACUAUUUAAAGACUAUUUGCAAUUUAUUGAUCGCGUUUUCAUAUGUGCUUGAUUCAAUAUUGAGGAGCAACAGAAAUUGGGCGAUUAAUUCAGCGACUCCUCGUAACUAUCUGGUAUCACAAACAAUGUAAUUAUAUGUUAAUUAUACAUUAAUUGCGUGCUCAUCGCGAGAUCACGACCCGGGUGGCGCGUCGCGUCAGGCAUUAAUUUAUUAAUUGAUCAACACUUCACCUACCGGCGCCGCUGCUACGCUUAGUUUUAGCAGUUUGAACAUGAAUUUUUUUUCGAUGCUGUUCGGAAGACAGCCGAUCUGUGAUGAGAGAUCGUAACUUCUGCGAAUUCUUUAGAAGCAAAUUGGACAUCGGCUACGUCCCGAACUCUAUCGAGAAAAACGGUGUUAAGAACGCAGGUGUAGGAAGCUUAUCGAUAGACUUCCGGGUGGUGAACCGUCAGACUCGGAUCGUUGGACGUAAAACCGUGGGAAUACGAUUCGUUCUGCCGAAUUCCGUCGUCGUCGAUUACGAAAGCUUCUCGACUUACAGUCCGUUCGCCGAGCACGCUGUAUGCAAGGUGCGUCGCGUAAAGCAGCAUACCGUCGCGGUCUUGGCGUGUGACACAACACUUCCUCAACGCGAGCAUCUCCUUUCUCGGAGCGUCGUAUAAUCGAACGCGAAGGGAAACGAAAGCGCGCGUUUCAUUUCCUCCCCGUGCUCGAAAAUACCGCAAAUCCGUUCGCUUUACGCGGGACAUCCUGUAUUCGCGUACACACCAGGUGAAUUUGCCGCGCUCAAUUGCCGCACGAGAGCCUCGCCGGACGGAGGAGGAGGUGGUGGAGCAGUUAUUCGCCAAUUCGCACGCCGCGCUCGCAGCAUCGCCGCUACGAUCUCGAGCUUCCUUCGGUGUGUGCGGCCAGACUUUUAUACGUAUCGCUGUUACCUCGCACACAAAUGCGGAUUUAGGGAGAUUCGUCUAUCGUGAGAGCGGAAUUAUUUCGCGGGGGAUAGCGCGGAGGGUUUCACGAUCGAAUUGUUAUUAUUAUUAUCGCGUUGCUGGGUUACGAUAAUUAGAUGUAAGAUCGUUUCGGACGUUCGACAGCGCAAAGUGCGAUUGCCUUUUUGUUUCCUUUUUUUUUCCUUUUUUUUC